AUCGUAGGAGACGAUUGAAUCCGCCUUCACAUUUCUUCCUUCCCUCAAUCUUAUCUUCCAAUAUCACAGUCUCUACAACUGACAAGAACCGACACAUCUUCUAUCUUACACCCUGAGCCUCAACCCGAUGCGCUUCCUGGGCCUGAGCUCUGUCCUUCGCAACUUCACCUUACCCCUCCGAUCGCACUCCGCCCGAUCCCUCCAUCGACCUCCUCUCCCCAUCUCCGGCGCAACUGUCCUGAGAGCCGCUCCCACGAUCCCCUUCCUCGGUUCCUUCUUCGGAUCCUGCGCGAAAUCUAACAGCCAAGACGACAGCAAUAUGUCCUACCCCGACCAGCGCAGCCCCGACGCGUGGCAAGCCGUCCUAAGUCCCGAGCAAUUCCGAGUCCUCCGCGAGAAAGGCACGGAGCGACCCUUCACGGGCGAAUACGAUAGCCACCAUCCCUCGCAAGGCGUCUAUAACUGUGCCGGUUGCAAUGCGCCUUUGUACAAGGCAUCACACAAGUUCAAGUCGGGAUGUGGCUGGCCCGCGUACUUUGAUUCUAUUCCCGGCGCGGUUACAAGGCAUACGGAUAGCUCGUUUGGAAUGGAACGGACGGAGAUUGUGUGCAGUAACUGUGGGGGACAUUUGGGACAUGUGUUCAAGGGAGAGGGGUAUCCGACACCCACGGAUGAGAGGCAUUGUGUGAAUAGUAUUAGCUUGCGGUUUAAGGGGGAUGGAAACUAGGGGCUGCGCAGUAGUCUGUGGUGUAAAUUAGUGUUUGUUAGAGUACUACAAUGUCAAUGAUGAGAGAUGAGAGCGACCCUUUUGUUUGAAUCCAAUCAACAUCAAACGG